GUUGUUGUUUGUCAGCAUGUACACGUGUCACAUGCCGGCACAUUGCAAAGGGAAAUAACUUGGAUUCCAGGUUAAAUGAGAAUAUCGGGCCCCUUACUUUCCGUUUGCCUUGCUCACGCGUCCGAUAAUUUCAGCAUUGUGUUCCUUUUUGCGUGGGCUACAUUCAGUAGUACAGAUCAACAGAUUUUGAAGUUCAUCGAAACUGGUUGGCAAUAACCCAUAGUCUGCCAAUCAAAGACUGGUAUUAUGAGAAGACAUCUGAAUGGACCUUGGAUUACCCCCCCUUGUUUGCCUGGCUGGAGAUGGCACUGUCGCAAGUGGCCCAGUAUUUUGACAAGAACAUGCUGGUUGUCUCGAACCUAAACUAUGCCAGCGAAUCCACAGUAUUGUUUCAAAAACUGUCAGUCAUUGGGACUGAUUUCCUCUUUGUCUAUGCAGUGAAUCAGUUUUGUAGGAAAUAUUUGAAGCCAAGUCGAAAAGAUGAGACUCAGGACUUGUUUGAGAGUCCCAAACUCAUCACAUGUGUUCUGCUGCUGGCCAACUUUGGACUUCUGAUUGUUGACCACAUACAUUUCCAGUACAAUGGCUUCCUGACCGGAGUGCUGCUCCUGUCUAUUGUACGACUGCAUGAGGGCAGAAAUAUUUCUAGUGCCUUUUGGUUUGCUGUGCUGCUCAACUUGAAGCACAUCUACCUGUACAUCGCCCCCGCAUACUUCGUCUACCUCCUCCGCUGCUACUGCUUCAGGAGUGCCCCAGAUGGGAGGAUACAGUGGCGAUCGUUCUCCAUCACCAGGCUCUUCAGUCUCGGCCUCACAGUCCUGUCAGUCUUCGGGGUAUCGUUCGGACCAUUCCUAUACAUGGGCCAGCUGCCUCAGGUCUUGUCUCGACUGUUCCCAUUCAAGCGAGGUCUGUGCCAUGCCUACUGGGCACCUAAUUUCUGGGCCCUCUACAAUGUGGCUGACAAAGCUGCCACCAUAGCAGGUGUCCAGUUAAGGGUCAUCCAGCCAGAUGCAGUCGGGUCAGCUACGAUGACCGGCGGUCUGGUGCAGGAGUUCCGACAUACAGUGCUGCCCUCUGUGUCCCCGCUGGCCACCAUGCUGCUAACACUCCUUGCUAUGAUGCCUGCUAUGUUGAAGCUGUGGUACAACCCUCGAGGCACGACCAGCUUCCUUCGCUGUCUCACACUGUGUGCCUUUGCCUCCUACAUGUUCGGCUGGCACGUCCAUGAGAAGGCUAUUUUACUGAUCCUCAUCCCGCUGAUAUUAUUGUCAACAGAGAGGAAGAAGGAAGCUCAGAUAUUUCUCAUUUUAUCAACCAUCGGUGGCUACUCUUUAUUUCCCCUUCUGUUUACACAGUUCGAAACACCAAUAAAAAUUCUUCUUCUGGCGCUUUAUACCUUUUAUGCUUUUACAAGUCUGGGAAGAAUUCAUGGCAUCCCGGCGCGGCCGACAGCCUUGCCUUUGUUGUCCAGCCUGGAGAGCCUGUACCUGCUGGGGAUCGUCCCCCUUGAAAUAUACAACAGUGUUGGGCAUUCGGCGCUGGGCCUGUCACAGAGAUUCCCGUUCGUGCCCCUGCUAUUGACAUCUGUUUAUUGUGCAUUCGGUAUCACAUACUGCUGGCUUCGAUUUUACUGGCUUACACUUUCUGAUAGACCAAAGAAACAGAAAAGCAGUUAAUCUGUAUACAAAUGUAAAUAAAUGUUUUUUUGGUUUUU